AUGAAGCUGCUGCCGUCGGUGGUGCUGAAGCUCCUUUUGGCUACAGUGCUCUCGGCGUUAGUGACAGGAGAGAGCCUGGAGCGAAUUCGGAGAGGGCUGACGGCCGGAACCAGCAACCUGGACCCUCCCACUGGAUCCACUGACCAGCUGCUGACCCCAGGAGAUGUCCGGGGCCGGGAAGUCUUGGACUUGGAUGAGGCAAACCUGGACCUUUUCAGAGUUGCUUUCUCCUCCAAGCCGCAAGCUCUGGCCACACCAAGCAAAGAGGAAUAUGGGAAAAGAAAGAAGAAGGGCAAAGGGCAAGGGAAGAAGAGAGACCCUUGUCUUCGAAAAUACAAGGACUUCUGCAUCCACGGAGAAUGCAAAUAUGUGAAGGAGCUCCGGGCUCCGUCUUGCAUCUGCCAGCCAGGUUAUCAUGGAGAGAGGUGCCAUGGGCUGAGCCUACCAGUGGAAAACCGCUUGUAUUCGUAUGAUCAUACAACCAUCCUGGCCGUGGUGGCCGUGGUGCUGUCUUCUGUCUGUCUGCUCGUCAUUGUGGGGCUACUCAUGUUUAGGUACCACAGGAGAGGAGGUUAUGAUGUGGAAAAUGAAGAGAAGGUGAAGUUGGGCAUGACUAAUUCUCACUGA